UAUCCACCUCCUUUUCAAUGCACAGUCUGCAGGUGGGAUGAACAAGUAUGAAGUCAUCCGGCAGAUUGGAGAGGGAGCAUUCGGAAAAGCCUUUUUGGUGCGGGACAAAGAAGGAGGUGACAAUGCCCAGUGUGUGGUCAAACAGAUCAGUCUCAGGAAGAUGUCGGCGAAAGAAAAAGAAGCAUCCAAAAAAGAGGUGACGCUGCUUUCCCAGAUGAAGCACAUUAAUGUAGUGGCAUUUAUCGACUCAUUUCAAGAGAAGGGCUCCUUGUACAUAGUGAUGGAGUACUGUGACGGAGGAGAUUUGAUGAGAAAAAUUAAUACGCAGAGGGGAGUUGCCUUCACUGAGCAGCAGAUUUUAGACUGGUUUGUUCAGAUCUGUCUUGGCCUCAAACACAUUCACGACAAGAAGAUCCUGCAUCGAGACAUCAAAACUCAGAACAUCUUUCUAACUAAUAGAGGGACCAGAGUGAAGCUUGGAGACUUCGGCAUCGCAAGAAUGUUGAAUAACACCAUGGAACUGGCUCGGACCUGUGUGGGGACUCCCUAUUACCUGUCUCCAGAAAUCUGUGAGAAUCGGCCCUACAACAACAAGACCGAUAUCUGGUCUCUGGGCUGUGUCCUAUAUGAACUCUGUAUGCUCAGACAUCCAUUCGAAGGCAGCAGUCUGAGGCAGUUGGUCAAUAAGAUCUGUAGGGGGCGCUACAUCCCAGUGCCUGCUCGAUACUCCUACGACCUGCGCCUCCUCAUUACUCAGCUUUUUAAGGUGAACCCUCGAGAUCGUCCCUCUGUCAGCUCUGUGCUCAAGCGGCCAUUUUUAGAGAAACAUCUGAGCAGACAUCUGGAAGAACAGGACAAGUCAAGACAUACAGUUCCGGUCCCAAACAAAGCGCCACCAUCAGUGCGUCCAGCUCAAAUACUAGAAAAAGUGCAAAGUCCCAGAGGUGAGGAGAGGGCAGUGAUAAAGAAACCGGACUGGAAAAUCCCUCAUAGAGUUCAUACACCGCUCCAACACAAACCUCUUCAUCACAGACUGGUGCAAGCAGCUGAUCCUCAUAAUGUGGAAUUUGUACUUCGAGAGAAGCCAAGAGCCGAGCAGCCAGCGGGGGACCCAUAUCUCCACUAUCACGCCCAGCUCGAUGCCUUUGAGUCCAGACACAGAGAGGAGCAAGCCCCCGAGCCGUACCAACUUGUGGCUGCGGCGAGAAAUGAAUACUUACAAAGAAGACAAGAGGCAAACCAGUACAAGGUUCGAGCAGAGAAACAGCUGGGUCUACGUCCAUCCACAGCAGAGCACUCCCGCAGGCCUGGAGGCCACAUGAACGAAAUGGGACCAAACCAACACAUUCCACAUGACAAGAAACAAAACAGACAACUAGAGUAUUUGCGUCAGCUAGAGCUGAUCCGACUGCAGUAUCAUCAGGAUGUGAAGGAGAUGAAGCAGAGAGCUGAGGCUGAGCAGCAGAAUAAACAUGAGACAUCUGUGGUGGAGAAACCUCAGAGAGAUCCAGAGCCUCCAGCCGCCUGUGAACAGCCACAAGCCCCAAACCAGGAUGUUGAAGCAGCGCUGAGGCAGAUCGGACAGGAGUCCAAAGAGUCUAAAAGAGAGAAAAGGCAAAGGGGAAAGAGGGGAAUCAUGUUUGAGAUCAGACUGAAUGAACUGGAGGAAGAGACAAAAGAUGAAGACAUGAAAACAGAUGGAAAUCAGAAAGAGGAAGUGGACCCUCUGAACCAGACCCUGAACUUUGAGGACGGAGAACAGCUGCAGCUCUGUGAUUGGCUGGAGCAGAGAAGAGGAUGGAGUCAGAGGAUUCCUGAAACCUUACUGGACGCUUUGGGCAAUAUGGACGUGAUGUCUGCCACAGCUUCUACUGUCCAAACUGUGCAAGGUAAAGAUGAUGCGGUCCGUAGACAGUGGACAGAGGGAGCUCAGAACACAUUUCUCAAGGCUCUGGACCAGGCUCAGCUCCAAGACACCACCCUGGGUUCUGUCACUACAGAAAUAGAGAAAUUGCAGCAGCUGGAGACAAAUGGAAGACAGGAGCAGCAACAAGGAGAGAGAGACGAGGAAGAGAAAAUAGGGGAGGGAGAGGACUCAGACGUGGAGAGUGAUGAAGAACGACUGGAGCCACGAUCUGAUGAUGACGAUACUAACUUUGAAGAGUCAGAGGACGAGCUGAGGGAGGCUGUGGCCGACUCCAUGAUGAACCUGCUCAUCCUGGAUGACGCCCCACGGCACGAUGGGAACCAGGAAGCAAGCGCCACAGACCCGCCGCAGAUCAGGCAGGAAGGAGAGUCCAACGACACUACAGGAGGAGGUGAAAACCAGGACAACAAAGCUACCAGUAAGGACGAUUGUAAUGGGAUCUGAUCGGAAAAACCAUCACGGCAAAUCACUCAAAUGGGUCGAGGGAUUUAAACCAGAAGCUCUUCCAAACAUAGGUGAAAUCAGCUCUUUCAUUCACCAUCACCAGACCGAUGGUAGAAGCCCUUGUUUUUAGACUUUUUUAAGAUGCUUUGACUUUGUGCCUCCUGCUGGCAACAGUUGUGCUUCUUCUUAACAGUAAAAACACCAGUAAGGUUUCCGUAAGUUUAAAAGCUCUGGGAUAAUGUGCUCGCAGAUAAUCAACUUAACUUUCACAACAAUGAGGAUUAUUUACUGAGGAUGGAGUUAAUACUUAUGAGCACAACCACCAUUAGAUAACCAAGAAUUACAGUAAUAACAGUAUCAUGUUGUUCAUGUAUUUUAGAAUCAUUUGGUUUAUUGAUACUUUGCAAUAAUUACCAAAAUGUUUUUAGUUGUAAUACUCACUUGUGACUGUAAUAUUAGUUGAGAGGGACAUGUUCAGCAGCUCAGAAUAAAGUCUAACUUCAGUGACAGAACUUCAGACAGAAUAGUGAUUUCUGAUACAAUUAAGUGAAUUCUCAAGUCCUUAUAAUGCUAAAUGUUCUGUCCUAAUACUGUUCUCAUCAAAUCAAAUAAAAUUGUUUACAUAUUUUUCAGGCAGCUAUUUAAAUUGUGUAUUUUGGAUUUCACCUCUAAAACCAUGUAUCACUAUUCCACAAGAAA